AUGCGCUUCUCGCUAAGCAGUUUAUUAUUACUCUCCACCGCUGCAACUGCCCUCGAUGUCUCUUGGGAUGAUGACAACUCUGUCAAGAAAGGCAUAGAGGCCGUCGCCAAGGGAAUGACUUCCUACUACACCGGUUACCGGCCCGGAGACGUACCCGGCAACUUGCCCGAUCCGUACUACUGGUGGGAAGCCGGUGCCAUGUUCGGCGCCCUGGUCGACUACUGGUACUACACGGGCGACGACCAGUUCAACUCCAUGACGACCCAGGCCCUGAUCCACCAAAUGGGCGAGGACGCCGACUACAUGCCCGCAAACCAGUCCAAGUCGCUGGGUAACGACGACCAGGGCUUCUGGGCCCUGUCAGCCAUGGCCGCGGCUGAGAACAAGUACCCGGAUCCCGACCAGGGUCCCGGGUGGCUGGCGCUGGCGCAGGCCGUCUUCAACGAGCAGGCGAGCCGGUGGAACGAGGAUACGUGCAACGGCGGCCUGAAGUGGCAGAUCUACACCUUCAACCAGGGCUUCGAUUACAAGAACACCAUCUCGCAGGGCUGUCUGUUCAACAUCGCCGCCCGCCUGGCACGCUACACGGGCAACGACACCUACGCCGACUGGGCCGAGAAGACGUGGAAGUGGACCUACGAUGUCGGACUUAUUAGCAAAGAUUACCACUUCUACGACGGCACGUCGGACGCGUCGAACAACAACUGCACCAAGAAGGAUCACACCCAAUGGACGUACAACUCGGGCAUUUUCUUGUACGGAUCAGCGGUGCUAUGGAACGUGUCCGCCGAAGCCGGCAACGAAAACAACAUCUGGCGCGAGCGCACCGAAGGCAUCCUCAAGGCCCUCCGCGUCUUCAUCUCGCAGGACGUACCCAACGUCAUCACCGAAGUCGCAUGCGAAAAGUCGGGCACGUGCAACAUGGACCAGCGCUCGUUCAAGGCGUUCCUGGCGCGCUGGAUGGCAGCCACGACCAAGGUCGCGCCGUGGACGACGGAGACGCUCGACCCCAUCCUCAAGGCGUCGCGCGAGGCGGCCGCCAAGGCGUGCACCGAGGCCGACGGCAAGACGGUCUGCGGCCUGCAGUGGACCACGGGCAGCUUCGACGGCACCACCGGCGUCGGCGAGAACAUGGCCGCCCUCGAGGUCAUGUCCACCGCCCUCAUCCAGCACGUUGACGGCCCGCUCACCACCAAGACGGGCGGCACGAGCAAGGGCGAUCCCGGCGCCGGUGGCGACGCGGCCGGCGCGAGCACUCCGAAGCGCAGGCCGCCCAUCACGGCUGGCGAUAAGGCGGGUGCCGCCAUCUUGACCAUCGUUUGCAUUGUCGGCACCUUGGGUGGUGGCUUCUGGUUGCUUAUGCCGUAA